UUCGCUCUUAAAAUACCAACAUUUACUUGAGAAAUUUCUUGGACUAGUACUUUUUACUUUAACUUAAGUAAAAUAUGUUUAGUGCUGCUCUUAAGUAUAUUUUUGUGUACUUUACCCACCUCUAAUGUUUAUUUUGUAUGUUUUUAUUCUUUUACAUUCGUUUUACGAAAUGAAUAUUUGAGACAACAUGGAGUCCCUUUGGGAUGCUGGCUCCAAAGAGUUGUCCUCCCUCUUUUAUCAGCGCCAAUACUUCAUCAAAUUGCUAAAAUGAGAAAAUAUUCUGUUUUAAUCCCUCCAGUUUCCAGAGAUUAUGACAUAUGGUGGCCCAAACACCAGAUUUACUUUUUACAUCCAGUGAAACAAAUGGCGCAUUGUGUUUUAUCGUGAGGAUUACAGGAGACUCCUUUAUUUCUCCAGAGCAGCCUACGCAAUGCAAAUGUUUUGAGGAGCUCAGACACAAAGAGUUGUUCAUCAUGUUUAUUGCUUUGCGCACUGAUGGCUUGCAGCGCAGACGGUGCGCAGAUCCACCAGCCGCUUUCUGCGCGGCUGAACAUCCCACCCCUCCUCCUCCUCUUUCUUCUUAACGGCCGCAACCAUCUGCCGCCUCUUUUUGUAAUUUCUAACCCAGCAGAUUAUUUCCCUCAGACGUCUACUUGCACUUGACACGACCCAAACAUCGCUUCCCUCACGGAGAGUAGCUGCGCAAAGGAGCGGGAACAGAGGCAGCCCGCACCGCGCAGGAGUUGGACCGGGGUGCCGCGUACAUGCAACCCGACAGCGGAGGUUCAUAAAGACGGAGCGGAUUUGAAUUAAGGACCGGAUAACAAGCAGCAACUCUGCAACCUUCGCUUAGGGAGGGAGGGAGCGAGGGAGGCAACUGUUUAGCAGAUCUUGGAAACCCUGGGUGAGGUGAGGGGAGGGAGGGAGGAGAAUGAGCUAUUCUUGUACCAGCAGAGGCAAUAGCCAGGACCCAUCAAACGCUAAUCCAGCCAGAACCACCGGAGGCACCGACGGCGGCACGGACAGCACCGGCAACGGCAGCCCGAAGCAAACGGCGGUGAUGAAAGUGAAGAAAGGCUGCAACUCGACCGAGGUGGAGGUCCCGGUGACCACGGAGGAGGAGCUGCUGGGGAGGACGGUGAUCACUCCGGAGGAUGUUCUGGGCUUGCAGAAGAUCACAGAGCAUUAUCUAUGCAGCCCAGACGAGAAUGUUUUCAACAUCGACUUCACAAGGUUCAAGAUCAGAGACAUGGAGACGAGCACAGUGCUGUUUGAAAUCACCAAACCUCCGUCCACAGAUAAGUCAGGAGAGAAGAGGGACAUCGACCCGAACGCUGGCCGUUUUGUUCGUUACCAGUUCACCCCUGCUUUCCUCCGACUGCGGCAGGUUGGAGCUACCGUCGAGUUUACAGUGGGUGACAUGCCGAUAGAAAACUUCCGGAUGAUCGAGAGACAUUAUUUCAGGGAGAAGCUGCUCAAGAGUUUCGACUUUGAGUUUGGCUUCUGUAUGCCCAGCAGCAAGAACACCUGUGAGCACAUCUACGAAUUCCCACCUCUGUCAGAGGACACCAUCAGAGAGAUGGUCCUGCACCCCUACGAGACACAGUCUGACAGCUUCUACUUUGUGGACAAUAAGCUGGUGAUGCACAACAAGGCAGACUACUCAUACAACGGCGGGACAUAGAGACGACGCCUUCGCCGCAGGAGACAGGUGGAUUAAUGGACCAACCUGUGGGACAGUCAGAGGACAGCAUUGGCUUCGACUUCCUGUCUUUCUUUUGCUCUGUUUGUCUUUCUCCUGUUGAGACGACUCCAUCCAGCAGCAGAUGGGUUUUGAUAAUCUGAGAGUGUGUGUGGGUGUGUAAACACACAGAAAUGCAUCUGCAGAAGCUGCAUACACACAAACACACACACAUGGACACAGACACAAAGUGUGUUUGUAACAUGAUAAACCAGCAGAAAAGCGACGCUUGCAUUUCAGAUGGUUUUUCAAAUAAUGAUAGAAACUAUUUUUUUUAUUCAGG